AUGAUUACAGUAAAUAAAAGAGGAAGGGACAAUGCAGUAAGUAGGAGUGUUUCCCGCCACCGCGGUCCCACGACAAAGAGGUAUAUUAAUAGAAUAUUUAAUUUGUCCUCAGAUUGGCUGACAGUGACGUGGGCGCAAGGCGGCAUGCAGCUGCAAGGAGACGGCUCCGCAGACGAUGACGACUCCGUCAAGGGACGGUGUGGGCGCGCCGGCAGUCUUGCAGCGACUCCAGGAGAGAAACUCCUGGAACUACUCCGACCGAGCGUGGGCACUCCGCGGCGACACUCCACCGCAGCGUGUGCGCCUGCGCAACCACAGAGGCCAGCAGGCUUUGUCUACUGCCCCUCGGACGCACUGCCAUACUGUCCACCAUCCAGAAUUGCGCCUCCGCGGCCUAUUAUGAAGCUCCAGCCACCACCGCAACAGAUCCAGCCAGUCCAGCCACAGCCGCCGCCCGUGCCGCAGCGUACAACCGCAACAGUAGCGCCCACGCCCCUGCCAGUGCCGCCGCCCGCGCCGCCGCGCCGCUCCUCUCCGCAACCACCGCGGCGUGUACCACCUCCCACGCCGCCACGACCCCCUACCACGACACCUGCACCUCCACAAACAGACCCCAAUGGAAACAGAAGAACUGUUGCCCCCGUGCAACCACAACCACGACUUGACUGCAAUAGAAAUCCCCAGCCACUCUCCGCUAGAAGAGCACCUCCUCCUCAAAGAAUCCCAGACGCUGCGACUUUUACUCCUGCACCACUUCCUCCUCAGAAUACUGUCCAGCCAAUAAAGCGGUCACCAAGCUCAGGGUCAAAUAUUAGCGUCCGACAGGACUCAAACGUGUCUUCAGACUCGUUUAGUCAAACUUCUUCACCGUCGUACACGACAAAGACAAUGGAGGCCCCUCUACUGCCUCACCAGCAUGUGAACAAGAGCCUCAACGCUAAGAUAGCGCGCGGCUUGCUACUGAAGGAGCAGCAGGACAGGGACUCCGGGAACGGGUCCAUCACCAAGAGCAUGUCCACGCCAGCGUCACUACAGACCAUCGUCCGAUUCCAGAAUGGUAGCAACAUGUCCCUGCAUCAUCGGAUGCUCCGUGACAUGCGAGGGGCGAGCACGGACGCCAACCCCCACAAGUUCAGACUGAUGCAGCUGGCGCUCAACGCCGUCGCGCUGCUCGCCAUCACCGGCGCACUAUUCGCUUAUUUCAGAGCCAAUCCUGCCGUACAGUACGUGUCACAAGUAGUGAAUAGAUCAACAGUGGUAACGUGGCCAGCGCCCACCGAUCCGCCGGGUGCCAGAAACCCGGCACCAGGGGUGUGUCUCCCUGUGAUAGUAAACUUUUGUCAGCAACACAGGAUACCAUACAACUUCACCGUAUUUCCAAACUACAUCGGACAUUUUGGGCAAAGAGAUGCCCAACAGGAUCUGGAGGUAUACGAAGCAGUAGUGGACGUUCGAUGUUACGACCUGACCGCACUGUUCCUGUGCUCACUGUUUGUGCCUAAAUGUGGGCCUCUGGGUCACAUGGUGCGCCCUUGCAGAAGCCUGUGUCAUGAAACGAUGCGUCGCUGCGGCUUCUUCCUGGAAGUGUUUGGCCUGACAAUGCCGGACUACCUCCAGUGCGACAUAUUCCCCGAGUCCACUGACACAGAUGUCUGUCUCGGCAACAGGGAAGUUAGCGAUGCUCGCUUCAGAGACGCCAUGCCAGUUUGUCCCACUGGGUUCCAAUGCGACGUGCGACGUUGUAUCCCGCACGACUGGCGGUGCGACGGGCACGUGGACUGCGCGGAUCGGUCGGAUGAGCUCAACUGCCGCGUGUGCAAGCGCAGCGGGGAGGUGCACUGCGGGAACCAGCGCUGCAUCUCACAGGCACAUCUCUGUGAUGGCAAGGUCGACUGUCCAUGGGGGCAGGAUGAGAGAAACUGCUUACGACUAAGUCAAGCGAACGGUGACGUGGGUCGUGGAGAGCUUCAAGUGUAUCGCGCAGCCAACCACUCCUGGUUCCCAGCCUGCAUCACAACGCUGGAUGAUGACACCGCUCUCAAGCUCUGCUCCAUUCUUGGAUACUCGUUCUUAAACAAAAGCCAAGCGGUGAUCAACGAGUCCCGUCCAGAAGUAAACAGCAUAAAGGCGGCAGUGAACGUGAGUGCUACACCGGGCCCUCGCGCCAGCUUCGUGCAUGAGCACGGCGCUGCGCAGACAUACCGCGCCUUCCUCAGGAGUCAGGGAGGACUGCUAAAAGAACUCAAAGAGUGUCGGCAUGACUCGCCAAGAGUGCAUCUUGUUUGCGACAGAUAUGAAUGCGGCAAGCGGCGUACAAUGGGCGGCGGUUCGAAGCGUAUCGUGGGCGGCGUCGAGGCAUCUCCAGGCGAUUGGCCGUUCCUGGCUGCGAUCCUCGGAGGACCUGAGGAAGUGUUUUACUGCGCUGGUGUCCUGAUCGCUGACCAGUGGGUACUGACGGCCGCGCAUUGUGUUGGAAAUCAUACUGAUGUUAACGGCUGGACGAUACAACUGGGUAUCACGCGGCGUCGCUCGCACGCCUACUACGGGCAAAAAGUGAAGGUGAAACGUGUCGCCCCGCACCCGCAGUACAACUCCGGCAUCGCGCAUGACAACGACAUCGCUCUGUUCCAACUAUCAGUGCGGGUGCGCUACCACGAGCAGGUGUCCCCCGUGUGCCUGCCGCCCGCCAGCCGCGUGCUCAAACCGGGCACGCUCUGCACCGUCAUCGGAUGGGGGAAACGCGAUGAUAAGGAGUUAUCAGAAUACGAGCCGGCGGUGAAUGAGGUAGAGGUGCCGGUCCUCAACCGAGACCUUUGCAACCAGUGGCUGGAGCAUCGCGACCUGAACGUUACCGAGGGCAUGAUCUGUGCUGGCUACCCCGAGGGAGGCAAGGACGCUUGUCAGGGUGACUCGGGAGGUCCGCUUCUAUGCAAGGACCCGGACGACGCGUCGCGCUGGUACGUCGGCGGCAUCGUGUCGUGGGGCAUCAAGUGUGCCCAUCCGCGACUGCCCGGAGUGUACGCGUACGUGCCCAAGUUCAUUCCCUGGAUACACCAGCAAAUGAGGCAGUACAAUGACGACAACGCCAAAUCAGAAGACAUAUAA